AUUGUAUGUUUUGCGUUCUGCGAAAGGAUUUAAACCUAAUUUUUUUCUCUCUCUCUGUCUGGUGAGCUUCACUGACGUCAGGACUCGGAAGCCUGUGACUGGACCUGGGUUUGUGUGGAUAGAUAUAAAUAUAAUCUCUGUCCGGUGCGCAGUGACCGCCGAGGGCGCCGGACGCGGGCAGCGGCAACUGUCAUUUGGUCGGUCAGCAAGAAGCGCUCGGAGCACGACAGGGCGGCUAAAGUUCACCGUCUCCAGACCCCGGCUGCCCGGUUCAGCUGACCCACUAGUUUCUUUGUUAUUUUGGUCGGAAAGAACUAUGAAUAAAUCGCGCCGUUUGCUUCCCGCUUUCGAUCAGCUGCCCACAGAAUAAUAAGCAUGUCGGUUCGUAUUGUGGCUCUGGGGAACGAGAAAGGGGGCUUUGAAGAAAGUCUGCAGGAGCCGGAUCUGAUCACCACCUAUUUCGGCAGACAUGCGAUUAUUCGGCACAUCGAAGAGAGGCGGCUGUUGGGCUUUGCCACUCAUAUCACCUUCCCUGCCUUCGUCGAGUACCAAGCGUACGUCUUCGGCAGGGUGAGGGUGCUGAUUCACGACUGCCCGAGCUGGGAACUAUUCGACAAUGACUGGUACAGGUCACGGAAUAUAGUUGGGCUGGCAGACAUCAUUGUUCUCAAAUAUUCCGUCAAUGACAAAACCACAUUUCAAGAAGUGAAGGAUAACUAUGUGCCGAUGAUUAAGAGGAUACUGAACCAGUGGACAGUUCCAGUGAUUGUUGCUGCAGUUGGUACAAGGCAAAGUGAAGAGAGUCCACCUUGUUCCUGCCCAUUGUGCACAUCAGAUAAAGGGAGCUGCGUACCUUUCUAUGAGGGAUUAGAACUGUCAAAAGACAUUGGAGCAGCCUACUUGGAACUUCAUAGUCUCAACGACUUCAAUGUGGGGAAGUACUUCGGAGGAGUGUUGGAAUACUUCAUCAUUCAAUGUUUAAAGCAGAAAUCUUCACAGAAAAAAAAGAAAAGGAGUAGCAGACCCCGACUAAUUCCACCACCUAGACUUAAGGAGCCAGUCAAACUGCCGUGUUUAAAGAUUGAGCCAUCCCGGUACCACUGUGACUUGCUAAGCCUUUUCUACAGCUCUCUGUGUACGGACGUGGUUUUUUCUUCCAAGGAUGGACAAGAGGUGGCAAGGGCUCACAAGCUUGUGCUGUGCACAGCAAGCUACGUCUUCAUGUUACUGUUUGGUCUGGAGAUUCCUGGAAAUCAUGGAGAAUUACCUGGGAAGAUUGCUCACAAUCUGUUUGUAAUAGAAAAAGACAUUGCAUUGAACUCCAGCCAAACUUUACUUCAUAACAGCCAGCCAGUAAGGGUCAUCAUUUUAGACUCACUGCUCUGUGCCUGCUUCUCAGAGGUCUUGAAGUUCAUUUAUGCAGGGACUGACAGCUGGGAUGAACUAAAAUCGGUCCUCUGGAAGAAGUUAAAAAACCUAGAAGAAGUCAGGCAAGUGCUGGAAACACUCAAACUACUCUUCAAAUGCAACACUAAGAUAUUUUAUUCCAGUGCAAUCGACCACCAAACAUCAAAAAGAACAGAACAGUCUCAAAGCUGCUGUUCUUCUUUAAGUCUUUUCCUCAAAAACCCUGACUUAGCUGAUGUCAUCUUUAAAGUACAAGGUAUUUCUAUAUAUGCUCAUAAAGCAGUAUUGGUGGCCCGUUGUGAGGUAAUGGCUGCAAUGUUUAGCGGAAACUAUGCUGAAACAAGAGCGUGUCAUGUUCCUAUUCAUGGGGUUUCCAAGGAAACCUUCCUCUCUUUCUUGGAGUACCUGUAUACUGAUUCAUGCUGCACAGCCAGCAUUCUCCAAGCGAUGGCUCUACUAAUAUGCGCUGAGAUGUAUCAAAUACAUCGGCUGCAGCAGAUAUGUGAGGCGUACAUUGUGACACAGUUACAGAGCAUGCCCAGCAGAGAGCUCAUAUCAACUAACCUCAGCAUUGUCAACUUGUUUAACAAGGCAAAGUUCCACAACGCGACCAGAUUGUCUACCUGGUUACUGCAUUUCAUUGCCAGCAACUACCUCAUCUUCAGUCAGAAGCUGGAAUUUCAGGAGCUUUCUGACGAAGAACAAGCAUUUGUGGAAAGUCACAGAUGGCCCUCAAGUUCUUACUUGCAGGAAUUGACCGAAUACAGACACCAUGUUCACUCGGGGAGAUCUCGUUGUAUUCUCAUGUAAUAGUUUGUUGAACUGUCCUUG